AUUUGUGGAUGCAUAGGAUGCAAUGAUGUGGAAAGAAUAUGAUUCUAUUUCUAAUGAAUAUAAGUGUCGAGUGUAUGAGAACGCUCGUACUCUCCUCCCGGUGCUUUCAUCUCUAGACUGCUACACAGUACAAAACAAAGAAAAAGAAAAAGAAAAGAGAGAGAGAAAGUGAUGAGAGCGGUGAUGAAGGAUGAAACUCAAGCUGUGGUGAAUGAUAAUUCUCACAACGGCAAAUUCUCGCAUCUGCUUGCUUCCCAAGAUCGUGAUUAUCUUCUUUCUCCAACUGGGGCUCAGGUGAAGGUGAGUGAUCUUGAAGGGAAAGUAGUGGGUCUAUUAUUCGGUGCGAAUUGGUACCCACCAUGCCGCGUAUUCACCCAAGCCCUAGUUGCAAUCUACGAGGAGUUGAAAAGCCGUUUCGCUCAGUUUGAGAUUGUGUAUGUGUCCUCUGACGAAGACUUGGAUGCUUUCGGUAGCUUCUAUGGAAACAUGCCAUGGUUAGCGAUACCGUUCUCUGAUUUGGAAACGAAGAAAUGGUUGACCAGAAAGUAUGAGGUGGAAGGCAUUCCGUGCUUGAUUUUGUUGCAACCAGAGGAUGGUAAAGAUGAGGGAACAGUUCGCGAUGGGGUUGAACUUAUUUACCGUUACGGAGCCGAAGCUUACCCGUUCUCUAACGAGAGGUUGGAGCAGCUGCGAAAGGAAGACAAAGUGAAGCGUGAAAACCAGACCCUCCUGAAUUUGCUGUCAAACCAGCAUAGAGACUAUGUUCUGAGUCACACUCACUCUGGAUUUAAACAGGUACCUGUCGCUUCUCUAGUGGGUAAAACAAUUGCACUCUACUUCUCCGCCGAGUGGUGCGUGCCAUGCGCGAAGUUCACUCCGAAACUGAUUUCCGUUUACGAGAAGAUUAAGCAGGAGCUAGCAGAGAAGGGAGAGGAAGACUUCGAAGUUGUGCUGGUAUCCAGCGACCGUGACAGAGCAUCCUUCGAGUCAUACUACAGCAGCAUGCCUUGGUUAGCCUUGCCUUUCGGUGAUUCCGAGACGAAGAACCUCGUUCGACACUUCAACGUGCAAGGGAUUCCAUGGUUGGUGAUCGUAGGUCCUGAUGGUAAAACAAUAACAGUGCAUGGUAGGAGCUUGAUAAACUUGUACCAAGAGAACGCGUACCCUUUCACGAACGCCAAAGUGGAAGAGCUGGAAAAGAAGCUUGAGGAAGAGGCGAAGGAUCUUCCGGCACUGGUUUAUCACGAAGGUCAUCGGCAUGACCUGAAUUUGGUGUCUGAUGGGAACGGUGGAGGUCCCUUUAUCUGCUGUGUGUGCGAUGAACAAGGGUCUAGUUGGGCCUACCAGUGUCUCCAAUGUGGUUAUGAAGUGCACCCCAAAUGCGUCAGAACAGUCGACCGUCAUAACAGUGUGUUAAUAACUAAUUAACUUGCUGUUCCUAUUAAUUGAAUGUUCUUGUUUGCGGCCAAGAUGGUGAAAA